UCGCCCCAGACGCGCAAAGCUGCAGCCAUGGCGGUCACCACGGAGGGCGCCCGCAAGAAGGAGCGCGUCCUUUGCCUGUUUGACGUGGACGGAACGCUCACGCCGGCUCGUCAGAAAAUCGACCCGGAGGUGGCCACCUUCCUGCAGAAGCUGCGGAGCCGAGUGCAGAUCGGUGUGGUGGGCGGCUCUGACUACUCCAAGAUCGCUGAGCAGCUGGGUGAAGGGGAUGAAGUCAUCGAGAAGUUUGACUACGUGUUUGCUGAGAAUGGGACGGUGCAGUAUAAGCAUGGACAGCUGCUCUCCAAGCAGACUAUCCAGAACCACCUGGGGGAGGAGCUGCUGCAGGACUUAAUCAACUUCUGCCUCAGCUACAUGGCCCUGCUCAGGCUGCCCAAGAAACGGGGAACCUUCAUUGAGUUCCGGAAUGGCAUGCUGAACGUCUCCCCCAUCGGCCGGAGCUGCACCCUGGAGGAGCGCAUCGAGUUCUCAGAGCUGGACAAGGUGACCCCUCCUCCUGGCCUCGGCCCGCCACACAGCCUUAGGCCUGGGGAACAAGAAGUGGGUUUUGAAGGAAUGGCAGGCUCACAUGACUCCCCUAUGUGGGGCCGUGGAAACUGAGGCUCACGGAGGGAACAGCUUCCUGACAAGGGUCACACACCUCUCCCUGUUGUUUCCCUGAGGGGUUCACCUACCCCCCCACCCCCCAUGCUUCCCGGAGCCUCCCAGCUCACUGCACCCUACCCUGUGCCCUGUGUCUUUCCCACGUGACUGCAGAAUAAGCCACACGCACUACGUGGUGUCACCGCCGUGGCCUGACGGCUCCAGGACAGGUAGAG